GCAGCGGGGGCCAGCCCGGAGGAGGGUGGAGGCUGGGGCUCCGCGCUCCGUCCCGGCACAAGGAGCGGGUGCCCCGCAUGGAGCGGGUGCUGGUGCCCGACGCUGACGCCUUCCGCGCCUUCCAGCAGCGCUGCCAGGACGGGGGCUGGCAACGGGACUGCGGCGGCCUCGCCGUCUGCCUGGAACCCCCGCCACCGGGCUGCACUGUGCACCAGCUGAAGUGCCGCAUCGACAUCCCCGAGGUGGCGGCGGGGACGGUGUACGACGUGCUGCACGACGCCGAGUACCGCCGCCAGUGGGACACCAAUGUCAUCGCCAGCCACGACAUCGCCCGGGUGGCUGCCAAUGCCAACGUCAGCUACUACGCCUGGCGAUGCCCAAAGCCCUUAAAGAACAGGGACGUGGUGACACUGCGGGCCUGGCAGGUCGAGGACGGCUGUCACACCAUCCUCAGCUUCUCGGUCAAGCACCCGAAAUACCCCCCGCGCAAGGACCUGGUCAGGGCGGUCGCGCUCCUCAUGGGGUACCUGGUGUGCCCCACCGGGCCCAGCAGCUGCAGGCUCACCUACCUGGCACAGGUGGAUCCGAAAGGGUCGCUGCCCAAGUGGGUCGUGAAUAAAGUUUCGCAGUACCUGGUGCCGCAGAUGCUGAAGAGACUGCACAAGGCCUGCGUGCAGUACCCUGCCUGGAAGCAGCAGCACGGCCUGAACGUGAAGCCCUGGCUGUACCCCGAGCAGAACGAGCUUCCCGAGCUGGCGCUGUCGGCGCUGGCGCUGCAGCACGGCGCCUCGCUGGAGGACAUCGACGAGAGCGGCCUGGCCGAGGCGAAGGACGAGAGCGGCGAGCACGGCGGUGCGGAGAACUGAUGCUCGUGGUGCUGCUCAGUCUAGUGGGUUACAAUGAGGUGUGGGGGGGGGGACAGGGAGAUUUUACACAAAAAUCCCCACGUUUGUGGCCUUUCGGGCUGCACCCACCUGGUUGAAUCUGCUGUGCCUUAGCACAGAGCCUGUCCUGGGGCUGUCGCUGCUGCUCCAAGAGGUGGAGCCGGGUGCUGUGCCUCUGCCGGGCUGAUUUAAUGGCUGGGGAGUUACUCAUUGACAGAGCGAGGCUGCUCGUGGCCUCUGCCACUGCUCCGUCAAUUAAAGCUACUUAAACCCUG